AUGGCGCGGGUGGUGCCGUACCGUGUCCGGCCACCGGCCUCGUUUGCCCGCACCCUCGAGGCGGCGUGUGCGGCGCGGUUCUUCCUCGUCGACGCCCCCGGGCCGACCUCGUUUGUGCUGCAGCCGCGCGAGGCGGGCGAGGAGCCGCAGGGCGAUCGGGCCAGUGAUCGAGCUGGAGCGGGUGGUGGUGCGCGUAGGCAGGGAGCGGCAAGGGUCAAGGUCAUGCUCGGCAACAGCCACAUGUGCUCGUGUCCGGGAGCACGCCGGGCGCGGCGGAGGGCGGGGCCGGCGGCGGAGCCUUGUCUGCACAUUGUCUACGUUCUCAUCAAGCUCUGCGGGAUUGAUGCCGAUGAGCCGCUGCUGUGGCAGCUGGCGCUAGUAGAUGCCGAGCUCGACAAGGUCUCGGCGGGCAGGUUGCGGGUGGUGGCUGGUGCCGACGCAGAUAGCGACAGUGGCCAGGCCGGCGCGCCGGCGAGUUCGAGUCGCCGCGUAGAGCCUGCUGUAGAGAGUGUGUCCCAUCGCGCGAUCGAAGCCGGCGCAGUGUGCCCGAUCUGCCAGGACGAGUACGCUGAAGGCACGCAUGUUGUGUUUUGCGCCUUUGGCUGCGGCAACUCGGUCCAUGCACAGUGCAUGAAGGUGUGGGCCGAGUACAAGCUCGCGUCAGAGAGCCAGGUCAACUGUCCGUUCUGCCGCGAAAGCUGGCCGCUGUACCAAACGCCGGGUGUACUCGGCGAAGGCGGCGUCGUAGUGGCGACCGCCGACGACGCACCGGCGGUCCAUGCCGGGACCCGCUGCUCGGCCUGCCGGUCGACGCCGAUCCGUGGCCUGCGAUUCCGCUGCGCCAUGUGCGCAACGCCAACAAACCUGUGCGCAGGCUGCUUUCACGCCGGCGCCCACCCACAUCACUCGGUCUUUGACUGCAAGCACGAGCCGGGUGAUGUGUUUGUCCGGGCACCGAUGCGUCGCGGGCUCGGGGCGCCGCCGCCGCGCCGCGCAACGCCAUCGCCAGCCCUCGAUCCAGAGCUGGUCGCCGAUCUCCAGAGCCGCGAGCUUUCAUCUGAGGACUACAAUCUCUUGCUUCAGCUCGAUGAGCAGAGACCCGGGCAUGCUGCAGCAGGCACGAGUUCAGGCAGCUCUGCCCGCGAGCUGGAACGUGUCAUUGCAGCGCGACGGCGCAAUGCACGAGCGAGCCGUGCGCGAGAGAGAGCGGCGGCGGCGCGGCGACGAGCGCCGCCCGUCCGGCCGCGGGUCGACCUUCCACCGCUUGCAGUCUCAGCAACCGCCAUCGGCGCUGCGACAACAGGCGAUGGCGCAGCGGCGGCGGCAUCGGCUCGGCCCGGCGAGGCUGUUGGUCGGGCGCGGCGGGCGCGCGCACAAAAUGCGUACCUGCGGCAUCGAACGGGGUACUCUGCUCGAAGCGCGCGGAACAUGCUCGCGCGGGCGCGGGCAGACCUGGACGCAGCGGUGGGUCGGAGAAGUGGCGGAGCCGAGGGAGGAGCCUAUGGGACCAGCGGGGUUGGGCUCUCGAUCCGCGGGCUGCAGCUCUGAGCUCUCGCUUCAGCCCAUCCGGUGCGAUGGCGUGGUUUCCACGAAACGCACGGCGCAUCCACACACAUGUUGUUCACUUUGAGGCGCGCCACACUUAUGCGAGGACGGCCGUCGCGUUUGCAGUCGGUGGCGGCGGCGAUGCUGGGGCGGGCACUGGCGCUGGGGCAGGGGUGGGCGCCGGGGUAGG